ACCCGGCGGAAGCGAUGGGGGCGUUCGGGCUGAUGUUGGGGAUUUUACAGUACGUCGGACUUUACGUCCAACUUAACGCAGGUCUGAGCGGCGGGAAGCAGCUGGACAAUCAGGUCUCCGGGAACCCUCUCUUCACCGAGGUCCCACGUGACGUUACAACGCACAGCGGUGAGGACGUGGAGAUGGCCUGCUCUUUCCGAGGAGCAGCUUUUACUUCCUACUCCCUGGAGAUCCAGUGGUGGUACCUGAAGAACCACAGAAACACGCAGGAGUCGCCUGCACACGUCCCUAACAAUGUUCAGACCCAGGAGGAGAAGCCCAAAGAUGCAACGAAAAUAAGUGUGGUCAAAGUGGCCGGCAGCAACAUUUCCCACAAACUUCGCCUCUCCAGCGUCAAACCGGCAGACGAGGGCACCUACGAGUGUCAUGUUAUCGAUCACAGCGGUCCUGUGGCGCAGCAGUACCGUGUGCAGGCGUACCUCAAAGUAGAGCCUGAGAGGAGCAAGGAGUCAGACAGAGUCCAGCUGCAGGAAGCAGAACAGCCUUACUCCCUCCCUGCAGACGGGGAGCAGGGAGGUGAGGAGGUCAGCUGGCACCAGCACCGGCUGUAA